AUAAAGACCUCAGUGGUGCUUCAACCUUUUCUUUUCUCUUUAUUUUAUGAUAUGAUUUGAAGGAUUACUUUUAUCAAAAUAUUAAACCACUUAAAAACUUUUGGAUGAAAUAUGUAUGCUUCUUGAAUAAUCAAAUAGAGCACGAUUUUUAUGGUCAACACCAUUGAAACAUUUUGGCAGCAUUAUAGUACUUUUCGGGAAAUUUCUUGAAGAAUAAAUAUUGUUCCGGAAUCUCUAAUGAUAAAGGUUUCUGCUAAAGUUUAUAAGAAUUAUUUGAAUUUUUCACUUUGAUUUUUUCUCCAUUAAAGAUCAAGUUUCAUAAAAUAUCUUAACAAACAGAUUUCAAACUCCUCUCUUGUUUCGACAACAGCAGUGUUUUGCAAUUAUCGAGCACAUGUAGGAUUGUUUCCUAUAGUGGCAGCAAAAGUUUCUGUAACUCCACAGCCUUUGCAGUUAUUCCAGUCCAUUCUUUUUUCCAAACAAUGACUUUGUAAUGUAAGAAGAAAGAAACUCGGAUGGGUAGGCUGUCUGUGAUUUCGUGGAUUCUGUGAAUGAGUGAUAGGGUACAAGAAAAUACUUUAGGUACCAAAAUUUUCGGUGGGAUUUAUUAUCGGUGAAGCAGGGCAACCGAAAUUUUUUGGAACCAAAAUUAUUCAACACAAUGAAAAGCUCAUUUUACACCGGUGGACUUUCAAAAAAUGAAAAAUGCUGCUGAUGUUGUUAGAGUACUACUCUACCUCCAAUGCCUUUCAAGUUUCAGUUUUCGGUUCUCCUUUGUCGAUAUCCAGCUUCCUCUCUUUCUCCCUUUACAUCCAUAAAAUGUGAGUUCGCUAUGGGCUGAACGAAUGCUCCUACCUACUAGCUCUUUAUUAUUUUUCUCAAUUAUUUUUUUCUCACGUUCCAGCCGGUUCAAUUUGGACGCCUAAAUUUUUAACUCACAAUCGAUCAGAAUUUGUAAUCCCCUCCUUGCGAUUUGCGAUCGUAAUCAUUGUGAGCUUACUGUAAAUUCUUCCAAUUAAUUUUUCCCCAUGGGUUAUAGAAAGUGCCUCCUCUAAAAAAAUGUUAUGACAUUCGUGCCUACUCUUAAGCUUUGAGGGGAGGUGCGGUAACUUGCAAACGUAAUUUUGCCAUUUUAAUGUGACCCAUAUUUCCGCAAACAUGCUUAAAACUAUACACAUACAUAAUUCUGCAAGGCAAUAAACAUUUCUCAAGCCACAAAAAAAUCAUCAAACAAAAAUUCAGCCUUUUUCAGAAAAACGGUACCCUUAAAUAAUGGCACAUUCCUUCCUCAACACCUAUCUUAAGGUAGCAGUCUACCAUGAAAAUGGUCAGUUAUGAAAAUUUUGUCAAAAUUCUUUUUUCCUUGGAUAUGAUCAGGAAAAUUACUGUAACUGUUGUAGUUUUUGCGAAAAUUUGAUUUAUUUAUCCCCUGGGUUGAUCAUCUUUCCUUAGCAACCAAGUUUCUAUCGGUUGCUAGGGGGUCUGUUGACACCCAUGGGACCCGUUUUUGAAAAAAAAUUAUAUUACGUAAUCUAUGGUCUUCUACCCUAUCCCAAAAUGCAUUUAUACCACUUUAAAAAGCACAGGGAACGAAUGAAGCAUAGUUUCUGUUUGGCCUGGUCGACGAAAGUUGUUCGAAGAGUCCUUCUGUUUAUGAAGCGAACUUAUCCGACAAUGAACGCCCUGAAAAGAGAGUUUUUAAUCGAAAAUUUAGGUUGGUAAAGCGAAGAAAAGAAAAAGAUCUGCUGGAAGUAAAAAAAACUAUGUAUUCGAAGCAAUGACAAGGAUUUGGAUUACUUAGGCCAAAGCGAAAAGGUGAUGAAGAUGUACUGCCUACCUCGUCUUCACAAGCAACAACGGAUCAAAGCAAAGAAUUAGAGGAACACAGUGCUUCACUUUAUAAACUUAUGAACUCUUUCUUUGGUUCAGAAGACCUUAGUCCCAUAAAAAGACCAAUUUCCGGAUAAAAGAAACGAAGGAUGCUGCUGCUGGCAAUAUUGACAGUGCUGACGAUGGCUACAGCCUUAUAGAUCAGAAACUUUUGAUGAAUGCAAUCAACAAAAUUGCUGUUUGUCGUACAUAUAGGAAUCCAAAGGCACAGUCAAGCCUGCUGCUUAGUUUGGCCUCUAGUUUAGCAAUAAGUUUGGCCUUGCAGAGAAAUAUUAUCUUGUAUGUAGCCAUUGUCAUACAAGUUCACCACUUGAGACCAGUGAAAAGCUCAGUGGAUCUAAGAGGGCAGACAAGAAAGGGGGACAGACCACAUAUGAAAUAAACUGUAGAUCAGUUGUUGCUUUACUAGAAACUGAAUGUGCUGGGUUGGAGAGAUCUUUUGACUUAUGAGUCUUCCAAACACUGUCUCAAAGUCACCUUACAGCAAACAUUUAAAAAUCUUGAGGAAGUGGCAGUAAAUGUAUGUGAAAACAUUAUGAAUGAAGCAGCUGCUAGGCUUAUAGAGAUCAUUGAAAGAGAAGAGCAUACAAUGAUUGAAUUUGAUAAACCAUCCACUGGAAUGAGUCCUUGCAUGGUAUGGUAUGGGCAUGAUGUCCAAAAACCUGUCAGGUUUAGUGGUUAGAGAUCAGUGAUUUAGUGGAAAACGAAAAGUUACAAUCGCUGUUUGCCAUUCUGUUGGAAAUUUCAAUAUUGGGCCAUCAUCAAUUGCAGAUGUUUUGAAGGCAUUACAACUUAAAUGUGGCCAAACAAACUUUAAAUUAUUUGAAAACUGUUGACAAUAGAAGGCUGAAAGAUGCUGCAAGGAAGGUUUCACAGAAAUACAAAGAUCGGAGAGAAAAAUUACAAGCUGCCACCUUAAAAACAUCACAGAAAUACAAAGAUCGGAGACAAAAAUUACAAGCAAUAAAGAAGCGAAGACUUGAUGUAGCUAGGAAUAGCUAUUUAUCUUUUGGUCUUUCUGCAGAGCCUGAAAACAUUUCUAAAAAGGAAGUUGAUGCAAGUCUAAAAAGGAAAAGAGGAAAUAAGAAAGGAAAGAGAAAGAGACCUAGAAAGUCGACGGACCUGUCGAGUAAUGAACAUGAAUAUUUCAACCAGUUUGCACCCCCAGUUACCUUUAUGAUGCCUCUAAACAUUAUUAUUGACUUCUUUUAACAUUUUUGGUUGUAUCUAUGGGUACAUUAUGUGUGAUACACAACCAAAAUUUAGUCAAGUUGCAAAAGAUAAGAAAAAUUAGUUAUUCAGUACAUCUCAAAACUUCAAAUGCACUUUUCUCAAAUCUCAAAUACGGACAUCUAUUAAGCUUGUGAUUAAGAUAUCUUUGGCUCUGUAUAAGAUAUGAAGAUGAAAUUUUCAAAUAAUAUGUAUCUUUUAAUGCUCUAUGCAAUAAAUACAUUGAUUUUUGAUAGAAGAAAUAUUUCACAAAAUAUUUUAGAAAACUCAACUUUUCACAAUAAAAUAUCUAGCUGACUUGGUAUCAUAAAACUGUGUGUUCAUUGCAUAGAUUAUGUAAGUAGAAACUUGUUGCUAAAAAAUUUCCACCAUAGCCUUUAGCAUUUAUGAGAUAUCAUUUCCACAAUUUGCAGAAGUUCGGCCUUUGUUUUUAUGUUUCUAUGGCAACGUCAUUGCCCCACCCUUCCAGACAUCUAUUUUUGCUUUUUAAAUCUUACAUUGUUUAUAACCUGAAAGUUUCAAGCUUCAAGCUCAAGCCAUUAUCAAGUUUUGGCCAGUUUUCCAUAUUGCUGCUUUCAAGGUAGACUGCCACCUUAAGGUACCCCCCUCCCCCGAGCACUUCAGUUCCAUUAUUGGGCUGACAUCAAAAUAUUUAAUUUUUGUAACUUUUAUGAUUGCAUUGAAGAUUAUGUUAUGUUGAGGAUGGAAAUAACUUACAGAAAGUGUUUCAAGCUCUCACUGAAAUUUACACCAAAAUAUCAAAAUUAUGAUCGAAUUUUCUUCCACCGAAAUUUUUGGCACCGGAUAUUUGGUACUUAAUGUAGUCAGGAACAAUGUAAAACGACGACAAAAUUUCAAUGUUGUAAUAAAGCAUUUUGAAAUAAAUUUGAUGUAUACUAAUAUUUCGUCCCGGCAUACAGGGUUAGACUUCAUAGGUCAGGAGUAAAUGUAACGAAUUUUUGUUGUUGUCGAUUUUUCAUUUGGUCUUAGUGAGUUUUGCUUUUACAGCACGCAUCCGUGCUUUGAGUCCUGUCCAAUGAAAAUCCUUCGGAAUCUGUAUCUCGGAAUUUUCCAGUCAUAAAUUUUUUGGGCCCGAUAAACAAUAGCUUAUUUUGCCAAAAGGGGGCGUCUAUUACUAAUUUUUGGUUACCUGGUAGCAAUUUCAAGUUCAUAGGUUUAACAGACAAAAUAUUCCUCCAAAUUAUAUCACCCUUCCGAAAACAUUUUCCCGUCGAAUUUUGACGAAUUACAAAAUCGAUACCUCUGGGGAGUGGCGCGUCCAUAUAGGAGCAAUGGUUUCUAAAUGUACUGUAUACUUCUGAAUGGCGGGUUGGAAUUUGUGUAUAGAUCUCUCUGUAAGUAUUAUCAAUCGUUUUAAGAAUCAUAGCUUUGCACUAUUCUUUUUAUCGUGUAUGAUUUGGUUUCUACUUCCAAUUUGAAUACUGACUUGCGUGGGAUCAGAUGUGUCUAUUAGAAUAUGUUUGGCAUCCCCAAGCUGUGUGCCUUACAAAGGACAGUCAAAGCCAGGCUAUAGCUUUUGCCAGUAAAGUCAAUAUUUUUCUUUGAAAUCAGACUUAUCUGUUUUUUAGGAUUUAUCAAGCUUUGGGAUGAUUCUAACGAACAUCCAGCCUUUAAUUAAAAGGUACGCUUGGAUAAUGUCAGCUGGACGGUGGCUUCUUUAGUUUGAAUGAACAGCUCUUCAUACGAUGAUGUGUCGUCACAAUAUGCUGAUUCCAAGGCAAUAUUUUCUCCUAUAAAAGCAGCCCAAAAUCGAAACUUCUAAUAGUUUGAUCAAGAAAUAGCUUUGGCAAGUUAAUAUAUCUGUCCUUUUGCAGCAAUUAACAGUCCCAUACAAACUCUGUUGCCUAAUAUUAGUCCUAAUUAGUGUGAUCACUACUAUCAGACCUAACAAUAAAUAAACUAUUUUAAUAUCAAACACAUGAAUGCAAGUAAGUUUAGCCAAAUCCUCCCGGAGCCCCUAUUCAUUACAUUGUAUACAAGACAUAUACAUACAUACAAAAGUGUAUUUUGCAAAAGUAAGUUGACGUUUUGUACUCUGAAGAGUGUCAGUCGAAAGAGCUUUAAUUAUGCUGUAAAAUAUUUGAUAUCACUUAUGUCUUUUUAACAGCAUUUGUAACAUUGCAGCCAUUCUCCUUUCUAAACUGUUCCUUUGGUUUGUAAGACAGUUUCCAAAAAUAUUUUUGUAAGUUUCCUAGUAGUAAAGAUUUCCGAACAGAACGCUAUCGAAUCAGUGCGCAGUGACUUGGUUGUAGUAUCAGGUCCAAUCAGGGCUAUAGACGUCGUAAUGCACCACCUUUGUGGGAAACUUUCAGUACCUGUGCAUGAAAAUUAAAGGAAAGCUUUAUCUUGAUGUACCAAAAUUUCAAAAUUAAAAAAUCAAAGUUACGUGGCUAAUCCUUUAUUUAAUUUAUGAUUUCCUUGAAAAAAGCAAAGUCACAUGGUCUAUCUUGGUCUCUGAUGCUCCAAAGAAUACUUUUUAAACUAAAGAUGCCUAGCAAUAUAUUUUUUUUAGUUAUCUGAAAGAAUCUGCUACUGGAGAUAUUCCAGUUUCAAACUCGUGGUAAUUUAAGAAAGCAACAAGUGUAAACAGCUACGUUUGUAAAUGAAUUUAGCAUUUGGUCUUCAAUGGAAUGAAUUGGAACAAUCCUGUUCUGAACACUAAGCCUAUACAUUAAUAUGAAUCUGCUAAAUGAACCAUUGUAAACUAGUUGUCAGUACUGCAAGUGGCUAAAUGUUUAAUGGAAUGUCAUCAACAUUUGGUUGCACACUGAUUACGAAAUAACGAUUGUAUUAUUCAAGCUACUUCAAUUGACCUAUACGCAAUAUUAUUUGGUGUACCAGCAAGAGAAAUGGGUUGUGCACGUCAUUAAUUAUCAGAGUCACGAAAUAGUGAGGAAACUCGACUUGGAAGAGGCCUUGAAUGAAGAACGGUCAAAACAUGGAAUGUGUUUUGCAUUUGAUAAUUCUACGGCUGCUUUGGUUGCAUGUGAGCCUGGGGUACAUAUUGAGGCUGCCUUGCAAGACGUAUGGAAAUUUCAGUGUUGAAGAACAAGGUUUCAUGCUUGCUGGACACGUGAUAGCAUCAUUAGAAGUAUCGACUGUCGAAUUAUGCGAACAGCAUUGCUUGUAUCAUCAGAGCUGCAGCUCAAUUAACUGGAAGACACCAACAUCUGGGUCUGCUAAUUGCCAGAUCAACGAGAAAUCAACAGAAAAUUCGAAUGACAACGUAACGUUAUCUCUUUCAUCUGAAUGGACCUACAAAACAACAGAUUAUACGGAAAGAAAUGUGGGUGAAUUGUGUCGAGGCAGAAAUCCUUGCCCUAUCGGACACAGGUGCAAAGAUUCUUGCAGCUGUCCAGGAUUCCAAUGCCAGAACGUAACAGCAGAAGCAAAAAGUUGCCAGUAUUUGUACACUCUUGGCUUCAGAACAAGUACAAGAUAUGACAUCUAUCAACCACACAUUGGAAUUUUCCCAGUCAGAUGCGACAUGGCAACCAACGGAGGAGGUUGGAUUGUGUUCCAGCGUCGUGUUGAUGCCAGUGUAGAUUUCUUUCGAGGUUGGGAUGCCUACAAGCAAGGAUUUGGGGAUAUGAACGGAAACUUCUGGUUGGGGCUUGAAAAACUGCACAAGCUAGUGGCUCCAGGAAAGGGGGCGAUUCUUCGUGUCGACUUAAAGCACAUUGAUUUUGCAGAGAAGAAGUAUGCUACGUACAGUCAAUUUGAGAUUUCAGGAGAAUCAGAUGGGUAUCGUCUGAAGGUGGGAGGCUACUCUGGAGAUGCUGGUGAUUCACUGAAUUACCAUAACGACAUGAAAUUCUCGACAAAGGACAAGGAUCAAGACACAGCAGCGGGUUCAAAUUGUGCAUUAGGAUAUACUGGGGCUUGGUGGUACAACAGUUGUUAUAAUUCAAAUUUGAAUGCACUUCAUCCUUUAUCAACGGGCAGUUUGCAUACAUCUAAUUAUAUUACCUGGCAUACGCUUGCGAAUAAUUUCGGUAAGGUGACAUUCGCUGAGAUGAAAUUUAGAUACAGAUAAAAAUCUCAGUAACAGUGCUUCAACUUCUUCUUUUCUUUUUGUUUUAUUAUCUUAUUCGGAUUAUUGCCUUUAUCGCAACAUUUAAGCACUUUAAAACUUGAAACUGGAACAUGUAUGACUCCCGAAAAAUCAAAGUAGAACACGAUUUCUGACAGCAUUAUAGUUCUCUUCGGGAAAAAUCUUGACGAAUAGCCUUCACUAGGGAAUCACUAAUUAUAGAGGUUUCUGUUACAGCUGAUAGUAAGUCAUUGAAAUUUUCACUUUGACUUCUUUUUCUAUUAAUAAAUACACUUGCUUAAAUUCGAGUUUCAUGAAAUAUCAAAUUCAGAUUUCAAAUGCCUCUUUCGUUUCGGUAAUAACCAACAAUGUUUUGCAGAUGGCUAGAAAAUGUUGUAGGAUUCUUUCCUAUAGUAGCAAGCAGGAAAAGUUUUUGUAACUUCACAGCCAUUGCAGGUAUUCCAGUCCAUUCUUUAUUUCAAGCAAUACAUUUGUUAAGAAAGAAGGAAGAAACUGCGGAUAGGCUGUCCGCCGCAUUCUAUGAAUAAGAAAUACGGUAUAAGGUAGGGUCAGGAACAAUGCCGGAGCAAAAUGACGACGAUAAUCCAACGUUGUAGAAUAGAAUUUGGAAAAGGCUUUGAAAAAAGCAAACAUUUUACAAUAUAUUGGCUAAAAGCUUUUUCGUCUGACACUCCUCAGAGUAUAAAACGUCAGAAUAAGGGUCCGAAAGAACACGAUAAAAAAUAUACACCCAGUUGUGGAUCGAAAUAGGCCAAUCAGAAAAACGCAAGCACAAGACCGGUAUAGUUGACCAAUCAGUGCCGCAUGCAUAAAGAAAAAUUACCACUUGAGUCCAAGAGAGAUAAUAAACUCCUUCUGUCUACACAAUGGCCGAUUUUUCGUUUGUUUGUAGAUCGAUGGUCAACUGUACUAUACUAUUGGUUAACUAUACCAGGAAUUACUAUAUUAUUCAUUUUUCCUUGCUGACAAUUUCAUGUAACAUAUGCUUGUUAAAUCUUUUAAUCGUUUAUGCUAGCACUAUCGUAUCACUUGUGAUUAUUUAAAA